AUGAGCUCUGUCAGCACUCCGGCUUCAUCUUCAUCAGCAUUAAUUCCUGAGACAUCACCGACAGCGGCGGAGGUUCAGGAAACUGCUGAUACACCGUCAGAGGCACCAGAGAUGUUCCCAUCGAGUGACAGUCCGCCAAGUCCAACGCCGGCUAAUUCGUCGCCCGAGACUGGUCAGGGUCCGGUUUGGGAUGAAUCGG